CUCGGUGUCCGGCGGGUCCCCGCGGGCCCGACCAUGCCGCCAGCCCCGGGGCAGAGGCGGGGUCCCGCCGGGGUGGAGCGGCGGGGCCGGAGCCGGUGGGGCGGGACCGGGCCGGGGGCUGCGGCUCCCCGGUGCCUCCGCCCCGCCGCAGCGGGGGCGGGCGGGGGCUUCCUGCCGCCGCCGCCUGGGCAGAGCCGCCGCGCCAUGGAGCGGCUCCGGCUGCGGCUCCCGCGGCUCCUGGCCGCCGCAGUGAUCGUGGAGUGCUGCGCGCGGCUCUGCCCCGGCCUGGGCAGCGGGACGGGCCCCACACCGGCCACCGCGGUCCCCUGCACCCACCCGGGGACAGCGACAGGGCAGCGCUGCCGGACAGAUCCGGAGCGAGGAGCUGGCACAGGGUGGGCAUCAGCACUGGAGGCCGUGGGGCCGCUGCGGACAGAAGCUGAGCUGUUGCUCUUCCCUGGGACCCCCACCGGGACUGCUGAGCCCCCCAGCCCCCAGGGGAUCCCCGGAGGCCCCCGGGCAGGCAGAGAGGGGAUGCGGCCCACAGGGCGGGAUGGAAGAGCCACUGAGCACCCGGGGCCCCUGCUCCCUGCCGGCAUCGCGGAGCAGGCAGCUGCAGGAAGCGAGUGGCCAUCUCCUGCCAGCCUGGGUGUGACCAGUGUGGGGACCCCAGCCCCUGCGGAGCCAGACACAGCGCCCACCACCAGAUCCCCCCCCCAGACUAACCCUGUAGAAAAUGCAAUGGCAGAAAGUGCCACGACCCCGCAAGGGACCCUGUUGCAUCCACCGUCCUCUGUGAUGGUGCCUGGCUCUGCUGGGGGGCAGUGGGGGCCCCUCAGUACCCUGCAGGGAUGGAGCCCCAGGGGGACAGCACUUGUGCAGAGCCAGAGGGGCUCGCACAGCCCCUUGUCCUCAGAGCUGUGGACUGGGGAGGGCCCAGGUGCCACUGUCCCACUGGGUGACAGCAGCCCAGGGACCCCCCCGAGCAUCACACUGGCCACAGACAGCCCAGUGCCAGGGGCGACUGGGACAUCACCCUUUGGUGGGGGGCUGCAGAGGCUGCUGACUCCUAUGGGGACGCUGGGGGGGACACGCCGGGGGCUGCCAGGGCUGGGGCUGGCAGGAGGACGGGGCUCUGACUCCCGCCUGUGGCAUGGGACGGACAUUGCCUGGCAGGGUCCCCACUCUGCCCCUCGCUCCUCUCCACUGUCCCUUGGAGCUGGUGGCCGUGGGGGCCCUGUGGCCAGCGCAGCCUGGCCAGCUGUGGGGACCGGCCCAACUUCCCUGCCUGCCGCAGGCAAGGGGUCGGGUCUGCCUGUCCCCACCACCACGGCUGGUGCCCCAGGGAUGACAUCCCCUGGCGUGGGGGGAGCCCUGGACCCAGCCACAGGGAUCUUGGGGCCACCCAACAUGGAGGGUCCCCCUGAACACAGCCACGUCCCCCUGGAGCAGACCUGGCAUCCACCAGCUGUGCCGGGGCAGCCCCCCACCACCAUGGCCCCAGGCAGCACCGCUGUGACACAGAGCUGGGGGUCGUACACCAGUCAGGGGUCCCCCCGGGGUUCUCCCGCAUCCCCCCGCCCCUGCAGUGCCUACGCUGCCAACCCCACGGCCCUCCCCAGGGACCAGGUGGGUUGUGCUGGGGCUCAGCCCCACUGCGGGCGCCCCCCCAGCAGGCCCAUCCCCAGGGACUGGGCUGCCCCACGCUGGCUCUGGGGGGGAUGCUGCUGAGAGCCCCCAGAUCCUGGGGGGGACCCCCAUGGGGGUGAGCAAUGCUGGGCCCUUGGCAGCCACUGCCCCGCCGAGCUGGCAGCCAGGCAGCCUGGACCCCCCCUCAGCCCCUGGGCCCCCCCAGCAGCCAGCUGCGUCCCAGCCUGCGUCUUCCCCGGGGCUGACCACUGCUAUUGGCAUCGCUGUCACUGCCGCCACCACCAUCACAGCUGCCACUGCUGUCACCACUGCCACCACCAUCACAGCCACCACCACCAGCCCAGCACUGCUCAGGGAUGUGGGGACAGUCACACCGGAGCCUGGUGCCACUGUACUGCAGAGGGAUGUGACGGGGCUGACGGGGGGGCCCCCAACUCCUCUGCCCACCGUGAUGUCAGGGUCCCCCCAGCAGCCCACCGACCCCCCCGGCACCCUGGGCCAUCGUGGGAGCCCCGGGUCCCCCCCAGCUGCUGGUGACACAGGCCUGGUCCGGCUGCCGAGCAGCCCCAGAGAGCGGCCGGAUGCUGACACCCCCCCGGUGACACCGGCUGCGGCAGGCAGGGCCCCGCGCGUGUUCAUCGUGGAGGAUCAGCCACCCCUCCUGAGAGCAUCGCUCCUCCGCAUCCCCUGCGAGCUGGUGCUGGACAUGGGGUUCGUCCCCGCCCUGCAGGACCCCACAUCCCGCGAGCACCGGGGUCUGCUGCACAGCUUCAACCGGACGGUCUCGCCCCUCUUCAUGUCGCUGCCCGGGUUCCUGCGGCUGGAGGUGACGGGGAUCAGGGAGGGCAGCGUGGUGCUGCAGUACGACGCGCUGUUUGCGGCGGAGCGGGUGCAGGCGCCGGGGCUGGGCGCGCUCCUCAACGCCGUGCUGGGCUCCAGCAGUGCCCGGCCAGGGCUGGUGGUGGGGGCUGCCCCCGUCCUGCGCAACGUGGCUCUGGAACGGCCACUGGAUCCCUGUGCCGCACUCUUCGCCUGCCGGGCCGGCUUCGCCUGCGUGGCUGGGGCAGACGGCAACGCCACGUGCACCUCCCUGUGCCACCGCGGCUACUGCAAGAACCACGGCAUCUGCACCCACCCGCCGGACCACCAGCCCCUCUGCCAGUGCCCGGCCGGCAGCGAUUUCUGGUUCAUGGGGCUGCGCUGCGACUACCGCGUGACACAGCAGAGCCUGCUUGGCGUGGCCGCGGGCGUCCUGCUCAGCAUCGUCCUCCUGGGCGCCGUCGUCGCCACUGUCGCCAUCCGCCGCUUCAAGAUGCUGCUGCUGGAGGCCAGGGCAGACCAGACCCGCAGCAGCUACCGGCGGUUCUGCCGGCUGGACGACGUCUCGGCCCAGUACUGGUCGUACUCCUGGCUGCCCUCGGCCAGCUCGCUGGACAACCCGGCCUUCAGCAACUCGGAGGAGCUGCUGCACCUGCAGAUCUUGGACAACAGCUGCUGCAGCUGCCGGGAGGACUCCGGCAUCACCAACAACGCCAAGCAGCGUCCCGCGCCAGUCGCCCGCCCGGCGUGCCGGCCCAGUUUCCCUUACGACUGGGACACAAGUUCUAGCAGCAUGAACGAUCCCAUGGUGGACUCUGGAAAAGCCAGCGAUAUCUCGGUGUCCAGCUGGCCCAUGGAGCCCAUCCAGUGGACACCCUUUCCCCUCCUCCAUCAGCUGUCCAGGCAGCGACCGCACAAAGCCAGACGGCCUCAUUCGUACUGCGAGGGGAUGGAACUGGUCAACCUGGAGAGGAGCUGGACAGCCUGAAGACCCCAGAGCAAAACACAGGCAACAAGGUUCAGCUUUUAAAACCAACCACAUUUUAUUUCCACGUAACAAGCUCAGUGAAGGAAUUUCAAACACUUUGACAAUACAAUCAACGCAGGUGUGAUGUCAGUUCCACUCGAGGCAGAGUCCUGUAGGAUUACCUGCCAAGGUUUUCACCACUGCUUCGGACCAGACUUCAGAAGCCAGCUUUGGCUUGGGACAGCGUAUUUCAUAGUAAGUAGUUACAGAUAAGUGUCUAGUAACACACAAUGCUGGCAUCCAACAGAGUUAAUGACUUACAUCCGGCAAUUUGAAAAUAAAGUCUAACAGAUUUUUGAAGUCACAUCAUACUAUGUACAUAUAUGGUCUGCCCUAUAGCCAUUUCAGAACAAGCUAAGCCACUGUGAAAAGUGAAAUACAAAUUAAGCGCUGCUGCAUUGUUCAUCAUGAUUAAUGUAAAUGAGGUAUAAACACCAGUAUGUUUUAAGCAUUAAAGUUUAUUUUCCAAAAUGCUCUCCUUAUUUGCAAGUGUCCUCUUGAGCAUCUAGCUGGGCACAAAUGGUGGGGUCAUUUGAAAAUGGGGCAUUUGAAGUAUACCGAGGAUGAGGGCAACAGGCUCCCAAAGGUGCUCGAAUAGAAAAGGAAAAGCAAGCUGCAGUUUUCUACACUUAAUAUAUUCUCAUCUCAUAGUGGGCACGUUGAGGGAGAUUUUUGCUAGAAUAAAAUGCAGAUCUGUUCAUAAAAAAAUCAGUUUGCUAAAAGAAAAAUCAAACUAUGGGAAUACAGAGCUAUCAUAUCGUUCGAUAUUUUCAUUGUAUAGAAAACAGCCUACAAAUAAAGUCACAAAAAAUAGACAGUUAUAUGCUGAGCAGCCAAAAACAUCAUGAUUUAUUAAUAUCUGGAGAAACUUCAUAAUUCAAACACAACCAAACUGUACAUUUUACAAUCACAUUCUAUUUGUAAACAGUUAAAAGCCACUGACUUCUUUUGCAUCUUCGGACACAAACAGUUAGAAUCAAGGCAAUGAAAUGAUGGCGAUUUCUGCACUGUUAAAAUUUUUACCCUUGCCUAGUCUUUAAUUCAUUGACUAAACAAGCAUUAUAUAAUACCUUUUGUGGCAAAAAGAUGUAACUCGUUACUUUUGCAAGAAAGUAUUUGCGAGAACUUUUUAAACAUUUAAAACUUUUAUACAACAAACAAUUCUGUAAGCCCAAUAACUUGGUUACAGUAUGCAUAGUUACUCAGUUCGGCUUUAAGGUACGACAGUUAAACGUUAACACAGUCACAAGAGCAGAAACAGAGCCACUCGAUGGGAUUACAAAAAAAUUGUAUAACUACAGAUUAUUAGCAAACCACCACCACUCACUAAUAAAAAGACAGCGUCAGAAAGCAGUAUGUCAAACUCCAGCUUGAAGCAUUUUUUUUUUGGCAGAGAAAAGUCUUACAGAGCAAUAAGUAUUAUCAGUGCUAAAAGUUGAGUUUUUUUUCCUAUAAGAAACUACAAGGAGUUUUUACUGGGGAACUGGUUUUCCUGAGAGCCAUGCUCUUUGAUUUAGGAUACAGGAAUAGAAAACAAAAGGACAUGGCCAAACACUGUUCAUUAUUCCCAGAGAUAGAAAGCAUCUUUUUCAUUCUCAAUUUUUUUUUGUCUUUUUAAAAAUUUUUAAAAUGAUGGAAGAGUAAACAUUUUUCUCAAAAAACAAAAAAAAUAUUCUGUAAA